AUGGACCCUUUAAGUGCUACAGCAUCAAUGGCGGGGUUGCUCCUUGCGGCAGGGCAAGUUACAUCAGCGAUUUUCACCAUAAAAUCCAUUUUGAGCGAAGCUCCGCAAAUGGUGGAUAAUAUCUUGAGUCAAGUUGCACAAAUCGAAGCUUGCCUCUCCGCGAUUCAAAAGCUUCUUUGCAAAAUGAAUUCGGAAUCGAGACAACGCAUGACUUUAAUCAAAGUCGAGCACCUGGUUACAUCUCUGACGCAGGCAGUUUUGACAUUCUCGGAACUCGAAGCUCUGGUCAACAAAAUCAUUACUAGACCUAGGACUUCGCUCAUGUUGCGUGCAAAUUGGAUGCUAAAACAGAACAAACUAGCGAGUAUCAUGCUACGACUUGAGAGCCAUAAAUCUUCAUUGUCCCUAAUGCUCAGCAUUGCUCAAUGUGAAUCUGAUCUAGAAGCAAGCAGAUCAUCAAAAGAGCUACACAAACUUACCAACCAAAUCUUGGCGUCGAACAAAGAUGUCUCGAAACGACUUCGCCACCUGGAAGAUAAGUAUGAAUCUGAGAGUGUUUAUACCGUCUGCCACAGAAAUGGAAGUAGCGACUCAGAGAGUGUGUUCAGUGCCCAAGGCAUGAUGGAGACCUCCGAUGUAUUUCAAAAUAUCCGACAACUUGGAACGGUUCCUGAGCUUACUGCGCACCAAUCGUUUCACCUCGACUUGAACACAUCCAGAGUAUACAGAAGAACACUAUCAUACGAAUGUGACACCUCAUUCACGACUUCUAUUGUGAGAACACAUGCUUGGUCGGUGUUCACUGGCGUGAGCCUGUCCGAGAUCUCGGAAAUCUCUGUUAUCGCUCUUCCACUUUCAGCUCGGGACAUCUCAAACCCCCAGUGGUACUUCAAAUGUUCUGAGAACCCUGGUCACCCUCCAUCGAAACCGGACAAGAAGAUACCGCCAUCACCCUUACGGUCUGCUACUGAGAGACGGAAGGCAAUGCAGAGAACUCAAAGCUGGCGCCUCAGCCCGUCUGACCCAGGUAUGGUCGGCUGA